AUGGCAGACUCAGACGGCAGCAACAGUCCCCCUGCUCGUGCAGAGCAAAAGACGGCAGCCAGCCGCGAGGCAUUGGCAGAGAUCAUCGCUGCCCAGACACAACCUGGCAAUGCAACGCAUCUCUCGCUCCCUGGGUCAGAGUAUCUCGCGUCGGGGGAUUUCCAUCUUUCUCCCAGCGCCUCACCAACAGUGCAUCUCGAGGCCGCCCACCUUCGGCUCCAGGAUAUCCUGGACGACACGGACGACGAAAAUGCGGAGCGGUACGUCGUCGAAGAGACGGGGGAGUUGGUCGACGAAGAGACGAUGCUGCUUGAAAGGGAAGUCUACGUCCAGCGCGAGUCCAUGGCAAUAAAGUGGCUGAGAGAAAGAAAGGUUCCCCUUCUCUAUCACCCCCGUUACCUUGGGCGUGUUUUCGAGCAGCCGAACCGCUUCGCGGGUAUGAUUCGGCCGUUUUACCUGCACCCGCCUUUGGACUUUGACGCACCAGAGGCCAACUUCUUCGAGCGGCAAUGCCUGCGCUUCGAAGAGUUCACUCGGUGGCAGUCGUAUCACCGCGACAUCGACACCAUGCAAGAAGAAUUCAUGGUCGAGUCCUACAACGCCGCCCUUGUCCGCGAGGCCACCAGCGCCCGCGAGUGGCGGGCGCUGAUGGCGAACCCGAAACUCGCCCACAGCGCCGCCCGGCAGGAGGAAUUCUGGAACCGGCGCAGAGAGGAGAAGGAACUCUUGCACGACGACGAAUGUGCCAACUUUGACGAGUACCGAGCGGGCGUCGUCGCGCGCUUGGCUCGGAAUGGCGUGCAAGUAUCAGCGGGGUUUGACUUGCUCGUCGACUUUUGGUUGCAGGACCGGCUGACCAUGUGGACCGAGUAUCUCGCGUUCGAGUACUGGCACAUGGAGCAAAUGAGCGACGACGUCACCGACUGGCGGGUCAGGCACGACGAGGCGUACGAGCGGCUGCGGCAAAAGACGGCGCUGGGCGCCCACGAGACGCCCGAGUACCUGCCGACACAAGAGGCUCAGACGCAGCGCCGUGUCGAAAGGGACCAGGCCUAUCGGCAGCUGGACCUGGCUGCGCUGGAGUUUGCGCGGCUGCAGCGUCAACCGCGGGGCCGGAGCCACGAGCAAAUGUUCAUGUCGCACAUCCGGCGGACGCGCAUGCUGGCCGAAGCCCAGGUCCAGCUGGACGCUGCCGAGGAGGCCAAGGACGCGAUGCUGCGACAUGAAGAGGCUGUGGUGCAGUUUCUGCACGAGACGGAGACGUACCGGGAGGCGUGCGAUAUCCGCGACCGGCAUGAGUACCUGCUCGCUUGGGCCAAGGAUAGAUACUAUGAGAUACGGUGCGAGACUGGUCAGAUGCCGCCUGGCAGGGCACCUCGCGUAUCGUUCCUCUCGGCUCGAGUGAUGCCAGAGGAUAGUGCGACUACGAGCCAGAGGCAUCUUCUGGGGCCGCGCGAACUAUUCCAGAUGCACAGGAGCCCGCCGACGUACCCGGGCCGCGAAGGAGUGCCCGCAUCGCAGCGCAGCGCAAAAGGCCACUAG